AUGCCGAAAUCAGGGGAAUUUGCCUUCGCUGAAGAGCGGUCUUCAUCAUCCGUAGAAGAUUUUGACCUCGAUGACGAACACAAGGAACCAUUGCUGCCCGGCUCGACCUCGAUCUCGCGCCGGAGGCAACGAGGAACACUGCUUGCAUGGCUUAAAGGACGGCCAAAGUCAUUGUUGAGAAAGUUCCGUCGACAACCUCGAUCCCUCCCGCGACUCCUACUCCGAUAUACGUUCAUGUUCAUACUCUUCAUCAUCGUUACAACACCGAUAUUCUUCCCGUCGUACACGCGCCAUCCGAAGCACUACAAAAAUUUGAGAAAAAGAUGUCUGGUGUCCGACAGCCUUUCUGGCUGCGCCAAUAUGCAAAACGAAAAGGUAUUCAUUGCCGUCAGUUUGUUUGACCCAGAGGGCAAGAUUGCAGGGGGAGAAUGGGCCAAGAAUGUACUGGACCUAAUCCACAUGAUUGGCGAGGAGAACACAUUCCUUAGCAUCUACGAAAAUGACAGUGGUGACUUGGGUACUGCUGCUCUGGAGGAGUUUAAGAAAAAUGUGCCAUGCAAGCACAAGAUCGUCAGCGAGGGUCAGGUCGACUACAACGUCUUCCCGCAUGUCACCAUGCCUGAUGGAACACAGAGGUUGAAACGCUUGGCGUAUCUGUCCGAGAUGCGCAACCGCGCGCUCUACCCAUUGGACCAGUACGACACGGAUGCAGGGAUUGUCAAGUAUGACAAGAUCUUGUUCCUCAACGACGCGCUCUUUGCGCCGGUAGACGCCGCUCAUCUACUGUUCAACACGAAUGCGGGCGAAGACGGCAAAGCUCACUACCUGUCGGCAUGUUCCUUGGACUAUGACUGGAACCCUUUCCUCGAGUAUGACCUUUAUGCGCAGCGCGAUGCUGAAGGGUACUCCAACGGCAUCCCGAUCUUCCCCUACUUCACCAACAAGGGCCAGGCAAUCUCACGCAAGGCCAUGCUCUCGCAGACAGAUGCGGUCCCCGUCAAGAGCUGCUGGGGUGGAAUGGUGGCCAUGCAAGCCAAGUACAUCCAGAACCUGGAUAAGAAGCUGCCGACGAAAGACUGGCAAGCUAUUGCGCACCACGUCAUUAACCCAGACCACCCUCACAACACCACGACACCAGUCCGAUUCCGCUACGAACCCGAGGUCUACUUUGACGCCUGCGAAUGCUGUCUGUUCCUUGCCGAUGUUACGAGUGUCGCAGACAAGGCCGGAGAGCCAGACAUGGGCGUCUUUGUGAACCCAUACGUGCGCGUGGCCUAUCGCAAGAGAACACAACGCCUCGAGCGUGUUAUUCGCCAUUGGGAACGGCUCAUGGCCCUGCCGCAGGAGAUCAUUACCUACUUUUCACGGUUCCCGACCCCGAACCCUCACAGAGAGGUUGUCGAAGGGCAACGCUUCAUGGAAGAGAUUUACCAACGCCGGGAAGGGUGGAAGAUGGUUGAGCGAACGGGGCGCAACGGCAUGUUUUGCGGAGUCCGGGAGAUGCAGCUCAUCAAGGAGGGCCCGCGCAACGGACGCAACUGGGAGAACCACUAUAACAUCCCAUGGGCGGAACAGCAGUUGAACUUCCCCAUCUGA